AUGGCCGAAUCAAUCCCAAUCGAGCUCCCUGUCAUUGACAUCUCCAAUCCCCAUGACCCUGCCGUGGGGAAGGCCAUGCUGGAUGCCGCUGCCAAGUAUGGCUUCUUGUAUGUCAACAGCAAGGGCACUGACUUUACUGCCGAGGAUGUGGAUCAUGGGUUUGGAUUGUCAAAGAAGUUCUUUGCCUCUCCCGCAUCGGAGAAGGAAACAUGUCGGAUUGAGCAAAAUAACCGCGGUUGGUCAGGCAUGCAUACCGAAACACUGGAUCCUGAGCAUCAACGGACAGGCGACUUCAAAGAAGCCAUGAACUUCGGCGACUUCAAAGACGGCAAGGCCCAGCAACCACUCCCACCUGUACUGAAACCACACGAAAGCGAGAUCAACGCCUUCGCCGGGUUAUGCAACAAGACCUGCACUCGGAUAUUGACUCUACUUGCCUUGGGAUUGGAAAUAACGCCCGACUUCUUCACAACCCGCCACGACCCAACCACAGGCUCAACAGGAAGCAUCCUCCGCUACCUGAUGUACCCAAGCCUUAAAAGCGAGUCUACCAAGACUUACAGCCACGAAAAGGACGUGCGAGCAGGCGCACACUCCGAUUACGGCAGUAUAACGCUUCUCUUCCAACGACCCGGCCAACCAGGACUAGAAAUCCUUACUCCGGAAAAGACUUGGGCACCUGUUCCCAUUAUCCCGGGUAAUGGGCGAACCAAAGACGGAGAGGAGUAUCCGUUCCCGCCGAUCUUGGUUAAUAUUGGUGAUUUGUUGAGUUAUUGGACGGAUGGGUUGCUCAAAUCGACUGUGCAUCGUGUCGUGUUCCCGCUAUCUGAGCAGCAGGGUGAUAACGCGAGGGAUCGGUAUACUUUGGUUUACUUUUGUCAUCCUGUUGAUUCCACCGAGUUGGUUCCUGUCCCUGGGGAGGUGGUCUCUUUGCAUCGGGAGAGGAGUGGAGGCAUUGGGGAGGGCGUUGUUGGGUUUGGGGGUGGUGCUGGGAGUCUCGAGGACGGAAAGAGACCUUUGACUGCUCAUGAGCACCUGAUGUCGAGGUUGGAGGCUACCUAUGGGUUCAAAAAGGACGAAUGA